AUGACGGGCUGCAUUGUAUUAGGUUGUACAUCCGGUUACAGAUCAAAUAAAGAAAAAUUACAUUUCUUUUCUGUUCCAAGAGAUAAAAAACUUCGAGAUAUGUGGCAAGCAGCUUUAAGGAGACGUAAUAUUAUUAUAAAAUCUUCGCAGGCUGUAUGUGAAAAACAUUUUUUACAUACAGACAUUUUGUGGAAACGUGAAAUCUGCGAUGAAAAAGGAAACGUCCUUGGUGUGUCUGCACCAUUUAAAGUUCCACGACUGCGCAAAGGAACGGUACCAUCUCAAUUUCCUUGGACUAAAAUACAAAUUGAAAGUUCUGAAAAGAUAAAAUAUGAAGAAAAUUCAUUCGAAAAAGAAAAUAAAGACAAUGCAGCUCAUGCAUCAAUAUCAUUUGAUAACAUUUCAUUCGAAAAAGAAAAUAAAGACAAUGUAGCUCAUGCAUCAAUAUCAUUUGAUGAUAUUUCAUUCAAAAAAGAAAAUAAAGACAAUGCAGUUCAUGCAUCAAUAUCAUUUGAUGACAUUUCAUUUGAAAAAGAAAAUAAAGACAAUGCAGCUCAUGCAUCAAUAUCAUUUGAUGAUAUAAUAAAUAUACUAAACAAAAAACAAUUACGUAUGCCAAGAAACUGGACAUAUGCUCAGUGUUAUAAUGACAUGAGAUUGUUGGCCUUUUUUUUACCUAAGUGUGAUAAACUUGAAAAUUAUAAAGAUGAAUAUACAUUUAAUUGUCUCAAAGAAGUUUUUCUUCAAGAAGAUAUGACGAUACGAAUAAAUAUCUUAAAGCAACCUGUUUUAAAUAUACUAUUAGAUAGAUCAGAUAUAUCAGGGUAG